AUCAUAGAACGAUCUUGUGCUGUAUGGGCAUAAAUAUGAAUAUGAAUAUAUAAUAAAAUAAAGGUAAAAUCAUUUAUGCAUGGUACAGAGGAAGAAAAUUCCUCUAAGAGAAUAUUUUCAAUACCAAUAGAUGGCACAAUCAUGUUUUGAUAAGAGCUGAUAAGAAUGCAUGCAAGCGUAAUUGUUUACAGUGCAGUGCAGUGCGUGUAGGUAUUGCAAGAAUGCCUUUGCUGCAAGAGUUUGGCUGAUGCAGUAUAUAUAAGUAUAGCUGGUGUCAACAUCGUCUUUAAGAGAUCGCUCGCAAAGGAUAUUGUCCACAUUUCAUAUGGAACAGCUAAACAGAAUUAUCAGAUGUGAAGUGUAAUCAGUUGAAUAAAGGAUAGUAAAAUAUUUGCAACAUGCAUUGGAUUAAGAUUUCGUGCAUUUUGUGCAUGUUUGGAUGUUUUAAGGAUUUUCAUCCAUCUGAGUCAUUCAUAACGGAUUACUUAACGGGACCUUGGAAAAAUUUUACAGCUGACGAAGUAAAUCAUUAUAUUUAUUCUGUGGCUACAUACAGCUAUUUAUUAUCAUUAGUACUAAUGUUCUUGAUCACGGAUUUCGUCCGAUACAAACCUAUCAUCAUACUCUGUGGCCUCUCCGGCUUUGCCACUUUUCUCCUGAUAAUACUGGGGAAGAUUGUGAUUGUUUUACAAAUUGCGAAAUUUUUGUUCGGCUUGUUCCUGUCCGCGGAAGUGGCUUAUUAUACUUAUAUAUAUGCCAAAGUAGAUAAAAAACACUAUCAGGAGGUGACAAGCCAUACCAAAGCGGCGUCUUUAUUUGGUCGUAGCAUGUCAGGCAUCAUAGCUCAGUCAACAGCAUCCUUCGAUUUAUUAAAUUAUCAUCAGCUCAAUUAUUUGACUCUUUCAGCUAUGGCUAUUGCAACAGUUUGGUCACUCUUUUUGCAUUCCGUGGGUCAAUCCAUCUAUUUUCAUCGUGUUAGCGAUUCUGAUGAUGAGAAUUCGAUUAGAAGUACGCAGAAGGAAAGAGAAGAGGCCAUUCAGUCACAACAAUCAAACAAUCCUGAGGAAUCAAAAAUAUCGUGCAAGAACAGGAAGAAACACAACUCGUUACUUUACAAAAUCAAAAGUGCAUACGCGCUAUUAUGGAAACACUUUGUGCAGGCUUACUAUCAUGUGAUUAAAUGGUCAGCCUGGUGGGCCUUGUCUACUUGCGGUUAUCUGUUAAUCACCAUGUACUCGCAAUUACUUUGGCAAACGGCAGUGAAGCCGGACGACAGAAUCUACAAUGGUGCCGUGGACUUCCUCUAUACGAUCAUAAGUUCGAUAUCCGUGUUUUCCGUAGGAAAGAUACGAUUAAACUGGGUUGCAUUGGGGGACAUAACAUGUUCUGCCUUCGCAUUCCUAGAAGCCGCUAUAUUGUUGGCCUCUUCUUAUAGUUACAACAUUUGGUUUUUAUAUGCCGGCUAUAUUAUAUUCGGCGUAAUUUAUCACACUAUGGUGACUGUUGCAAGUUUCGAGGUUGCCAAGUGCAUAUCUGAAGAUAGUCACGGCUUGAUAUUCGGAGUGAAUAUAUUUCUUGCAUUAUUGAUGCAGAGCUUUCUAACGCUCAUAGUCGUCACUACGCUCAAGCUUGAUAUCAGGACACAAUUCUAUAUCUAUGGUGGCUACUUUCUAGUCUUAGGUGUGAUAUACACCGUGCUGAGUACAAUUAACAUCGUGCAACAUCGUCGAAGCACCACUGAAGAAGAGCGUAUCAGACGUACUGUUUAAUCUCCAAUGUGUGUUAAUAGAAUAGACUGAAUGAACUUUUAUUAGUUUUAAAAGAAAUUCCACUGAAUCGAAAUCGCUGACUAGAAAUCAUUGAUGAUAAAUUAAAAAGAUUUAUCUUCUAGUGUGUUGACUCGAUAAGUUACAAUUUUCUUUAACGUAUCUCGUAUUGGAAUUGGUAAAAAUUAGACAAGAGAUAUGAUGUUUUGCGAUGGAAUAGUUAAUAUUGUUUUAAGAGACUCUUUGAUUAUGGUGGAUUAUUUAUACAGGGUGUCCCAGGUUUUAACCAACAAACUGCGGGAGCAUAUUCUACUAGUGGAAAUAAGAAAAAAUU